AUGGAUUUCGAUUUGGAGUACAUAUACGAGCACUAUGUUGAGUCGUCCGACGGCUCGUCGGAUGAGGAGUACUCCGAUGGGAUGGUGAUGAUGCAGACGGUCCUUGAAGACGCUGACCAUGCAAAGGAAUAUGUUCUCAAUUUCAAGCGCUCGAUCAAGGGUCAUCGAGUGGUCAAUCGCAACAGGGCCUGCGGCCAUUUGACACUGAUGGCCGACUACUUUGCCCCGGAUGCACUCUUUGCUGACCACUUUUGCCGGCAUUUUCAGAUACACAAGACUGUCUUCGAUCGUUUGUACCAUGGUGUCCGGUCCUAUGAUGAUUACUUCAUCCUGAAGAAGGACGCAGUGGGAGCGAUUGGCUUCUCUGGUUGGCAGAAGUGCACGGCCACACUCCGGAUGCUCACAUAUGGCACGACCACUCAUUCGUGGGAUGAAUACUUACGGAUGUCUGAUAGCACAUGCGGAGAUGCGAUGGUCAGGUUUGCAACUGCUGUGUCAAGGUGUUCGGACCUCGGUACCUAA